AGCGGAAUCAAAAGUUAAAAGUCAAUUCUUGUUGCUCAUUGAAUUUUGUGAAGGUUUGCGAAAGCUGAUUAGAAUACCGUGAUUAUAAAAAAAAAAAAAAAAAAAAAAAAAAAAAAUUCCACUUGUUGAUCACCCCAAUCAAACAGGCCCUUAUUUGCUCCUUGGGCAUCUACCAAAUCUUCCAAAGAAGCCAUUCUAUACCUCAAAUUAAAAUUGACUUUGAGAAAAAACUCCAAUGGCUUCUCAAACCCUAAUUCUCCAAAACCUAAAUAUUCCCAAGGCUACCCUUCUCUCUCCUCCUUCAGCUCUCAUCAACGCAAAACCCAGAACAAUCUCCGUGUUCACACGGCCAAAUUCAUUAGUAGUGCCAUCUCUACGCAUUUAUAAAUCGAAGAAAUUCAGUGUUUUUGCAUCAUCGAAUGUUCUAGAACACCCAUCUGCCAUUACUCGCUCUACGCGAACAGUUACAACUCUAUGUGCAGUCACUUGGGCUGUAACAAAGCUGUUUUUCAACAAAUUGAGUAUUAAUGGUUUAGGGCAAUCAUUAGCAUACACUGCGGGGCCGAUGUUUUUUGCGGCGCUUAAGAAUCAGCCAACAACAGGGGGAUUGAAUACUCCUUUUACUGUUGUUGCUGCUGGAAUGGCGAAAUGGCUUGAUAUAUAUAGUGGGGUUUUGAUGGUUCGGGUUUUGCUUAGUUGGUUUCCGAAUAUACCAUGGGAUAGACAGCCAUUGUCAGCUAUUAGGGACCUUUGUGAUCCUUAUUUGAAUCUAUUCAGGAAUAUAAUUCCCCCGAUUUUCGAUACGUUGGAUGUGAGUCCGCUUUUGGCUUUUGCAGUGUUGGGUAUGCUUGGGUCGAUUCUUACUAGCAGCAGAGGAGCAUACUGAGGCAAUUGAUAGCGGCGAUCGUUAUUUGUGAGAUUUUUAUGGAUGUUCAUGAAGUGAGGAGGAUCCACGCGGUCUCAACAUCAAGUUCCAGUGGAGACCAAUUACUUUAUGUUGAUGGGCAUGGUUACGUGAUACUUGUGAUGAUGCACAAAAGCUGGUGUUGGAUACCAAUGUUAGUACUACAAAAAAAAAAAAAAAAAAAAAAGAUGUAGCGUUUUUGGUUUGCAAACUUGGAAAACGAUAGUAGUGUUUGCUAGUUUCUACAACAUUGUCACUGCGAUUGUCCGUGCUGGUGGUCAUAAUUAACCCCUACUUUUGCUGGUGGAGGUAGCAAGUAUUCAGUGGAAUACGAUGGCCCAACAUCACCUGAUAACUGAAACUUUUUUCUGAAUUCAAGUUUGAAUAUAAUUAAAUGUUAAUAAUAUAGAACUGAAAGUGGGUUUUCAGUCCAGAAUACGUGUGAUAAGCAGGAGGGAAAAAAGAAAUAAAAAAAUCCAUGUAACGAAGUUCUACGA